AUGUACAGGCGACUCGUCUCAUUCGUAUCGUUACUUCCCGCUCUGGCAGUGGUCAGAGCCCAAAGCUCGGGACCGACGGUUGACCUCGGCUAUGCGAUAUACCAAGGGGCAAAGAACAGCAGUACGAGCAUCAGUUCAUUCCUUGGAAUCCCAUACGCCGCGCCCCCGACUGGUGACCUGAGGUUCCAGGCGCCACAAGCGCCUGCCGUCAUCAGUGACGUGCAGCAAGCGACCGCACAGCCAAACGAGUGCUAUCAGGCUCCGUUUGGAAACGCGACCACAAGCUCAUUUCCAUUGGGGCACACUGACUUGAGUUCGGGUGGUGCAUUAAUGAGGAAGCGGGACGUAGGGCAGUCUGAAGAUUGUCUUUAUCUCAACGUCUACACGCCAGCAGACCUGAGCUCGUCGACGAACGCGAGUCUGCCAGUGCUGGUGUGGAUCCACGGAGGCGGUUACGUAGCCGGCGGUGCAUCAGGUUUCGACGGUGUGGACAUCGUUCAAGAGUCCGCGAAUGGCCUAGUCGUUGUCAUCAUCCAGUACCGGCUCGGUGUGUUCGGGUUCUUGUCGGGAAACGAGGUUGUCAACGGUGGAGGGGCGCUCAACGCAGGGCUGCUUGAUCAAACCUAUGCUUUGGAAUGGGUACAGAGUCAAAUCAGCAAGUUCGGUGGCGAUCCUUCCCAAGUGACAAUCUGGGGCGAGUCUGCAGGUGCUGGAUCAGUGCUGCAACACAUUAUCGCGAAUGGUGGAAACACCCAACCUUCGUUGUUCCGCGCGGCUAUGACAAGCUCGACAUUCUUGCCGUCGCAGUAUGCAUACAAUGAUACUGUUCCUGAGGCUCUAUUUGCGUUUUUCGCUAAUGGAACUGGAUGCUCGACGUCUACGACGCCGCUCGCAUGCAUCCGCAACGCAUCCGUGGAUACCCUUGAGAGCCUGAACAAUCAAGCCAAUUUGAACGGAUUCUACGGCACGUUUGUGACUGUGCCUGUCAUCGACUACGAGAUGAUAGUCGAGCGCCCGAUAGUGACGCUCCAGCGCGGAAGUGUGAAUGGGGAAGUUCUGUUAGCGAUGACGAACACACACGAAGGAAAUGUAUUUGUCAACUACGCUGAGACGCUCAACACCACGUCUUAUGUCGAGAACCUGUUCCCGCUGCUGCCAGAGUCUAGCGUGCAGCAGGUCGUCAGCGCUUAUGCAAACUACACGGUUGGACCCGGCGGCGGUCCUGCUGUUGGAGACGUCCUCGGCCAGGCUAUUGGGAUCAUGGGCGAAUCUAUCUUCUAUUGUCCGUCAUACUACCUCCUUGACGCAUUCUCGAAAUCCAACAAAAGCGCGUGGAAGGGCACGUUCGCGAUUCCGGACGGGUUCCAUUCGUCCGAUAUUCCGUAUUACUUCGUGAGCGUAGGUCCGGCGGUUGACAACACGAUGUUCAUUGCGUCCUUCUCUGGGGCGUUCACCGGAGUCGCGCUUGCGGAGACGCCGGAUCACCAUCCCACCAACGUGUCGAUCACUCCCGAGUGGACUACAUGGCCCACGGGUGAGAUGGAGGUUGUGUUCAAUACGACGGAGGCGGGCGAUGCGAACAUUUAUGCGUCAACUACGGAUACGGUAUAUCCGGGUAUCAUUGAGCGGUGCAAUAUCUGGCAUAGUUUGGGGCAGUAUACGGGACAGUGA